UGGAAGUCUAACCGCGGAACUGUCAGUGGGUAUUUCCUGGCGGGCAGGACGAUGAUCUGGCUGCCGGUGGGAGCCUCCCUUUUCGUCAGCAACAUCGGAAGUGAGCAUUUCAUUGGCCUAGCUGGAUCAGGCGCCGCUCGAGGGAUAAGUGUAGGCGCAUGGGAGUUUAAUGCUUUGUUGUUGCUACAGUUAUUGGCAUGGAUAUUUGUUCCGGUCUACAUCGCAUGUGGGGUGAAUCUGUACACUGGAGCUCUGUUCAUACAACAGUCCUUGAAGUGGGACCUCUACUUGUGUAUUCUCCUGCUCAUCCUGGUCACUGCUAUACUGACAAUUACUGGUGGGCUGACUGCUGUCAUUUAUACUGACACCCUGCAGGCUUUCCUAAUGGUGGGUGGCGCGCUUGUGCUCAUGGGUUUCUGUUUUGCUGAGGUCGGAGGUCUACAGGGUCUGUAUGAGAAAUACCCCGUGGCUGAGACGAACAUUAUAAUUCCUAACACUACAUGUCACCAGACCGACCCACAGGCCUUUAAGAUGCUCCGGGAUGUUGAUGAUGACUACAUGCCUUGGCUUGGGUUUCUCUUAGGGCAAACCCCGGGGUCAAUCUGGUACUGGUGUACUGACCAGGUGAUAGUACAACGUGCUCUAGCAGCUAAAAGCCUGUCACACGCCCAGGGAGCUGCCCUUCUGGCCGGGGCCAUUAAGGUACUGCCCCUCUUCAUGAUGGUAAUGCCGGGAAUGGUCAGCCGAAUCCUCUACCCAAAUGAAGUAGGCUGUGUGGACCCUGAGGAGUGCUGGAAAUACUGCCAGAGUCGAGCCGGCUGUACGAACAUCGCCUACCCGAAGUUAGUGCUCGGCCUCAUGCCUGUGGGAUUACGAGGCUUGAUGAUGGCUGUGAUUAUAGCAGCGCUGAUGAGUGAUCUGGACUCCAUCUUCAACAGCGCCAGUACAUUGUUCACCAUCGACGUUUGGAAACGACUGCGCAAGUAUGCGUCUGUCAGAGAGCAAAUGAUCGUGGGCAGAAUAUUCAUCGUCGUCAUGACCGGGCUCGCGGUUGCCUGGGUGCCUGUUGUCAAGGAAACACAAGGGGGACAACUGUUUGUCUACAUACAGGAAAUCACAAACUACUUGGCACCGCCAUUUGCAAUGAUUUUCCUUCUGGCCAUUUUGGUGCCACGUAUCAACGAAAAGGGGGCGUUUUGGGGAUUGAUGAUUGCCUUGGUAACCGGAGUCACAAGACUCAGCCUCAUCUUUAUUUACCCAGCGCCAUCAGGAUGUGGAGUGGAGGACAAUCGGCCCUCCAUUUUAAAAGAUUUCCACUACAUGUACUUUGCGAUGUUGCUGUUUGGCAUAACGGGGAUCUCUGCAUUUUUGAUUAGCCUGGCUACUGACAAACCGGAUGAAGAAUUGCUCAUUCGCACCACAUAUUGGAGUAGAUUCGACAAACGACAUUUGGAGACUGUCGACACUCACGACAUGCAAUUUGACGAUUUAACAACGACAGAUGGUGUCGACAACCCGACACUUGACAUCGACACAAAUGAAAAAAACGACACAGUGUGGAAAGUGAAGGAUGAGCAUGGAAACGAGCUGAAGGUGUUCAAAGAUCCACACAUCUAUUAUGACAAGUCCCCAGAUGUGCAACAACAACAGCAGCAGGAAAAAGCUGAUGAGGAUGUUAGUUUUUGCAGUCGGGUAUACGGCUUCCUGUGUGGAGUCAAGGAAGGGAAGGUGGAUCCCGAGGCCGAGAGGCAGAUGCGGGAACACCUGAGGCGUGUGGCGGAACUAAAACAGGACCCCCGGGCAAAAAUAGGACUCACUGUAGGCCUGGUAUUCAUACUAGGCUUUGGAAUCUCCAUGUACAUCUUUUGGUCUGUAUGGAGGUACGAGCCAUAACCCAAACCACAAAACAAUGAACGGACUGCUGAAGCCCCGGCAUCACGGAAUCCUUCGUAUAAACAGAGCUCCAGAGCGGUUGUAAACUAACGGAAUAUUUCAUGACAUGCAGAGGUCAGCUUGACAUUCUCGUACCGUACCAACAUUAAUAUAAUCAGAAAUCUUCUCUCCCUGUAUUUACAUCAGAUUUAGGAUCCAGACAUAAGACUUUAGGGAAGAAUAAAUAUUGCCAUAUGUGAGGAUCUUGGAUACCUCAGUAGCCGUUAGCGGAUUUAGAAGUGCCAAGUUCUCUGAAACGGGCUCAGGUCUUAGAGAUGUAAUACAGAAGUUAGGUCUCAUAGGGCAACAUUUACAAAACAUUCUUCAUCUGACGCAGUGUCCAUGACAAGAUGACGUCAAACGAUGGUAAAUGCGCUUGACCGCCAUGAUAAAUGUGCCUCACCGCCAUGGUAAAUGUGCUUGAUCGCUAUGGAAAAUGUGCUUGACCUCCAUGGUAAAUGCUCUUGACCGCCAUGAUAAAUGUGUCUGACCGCCAUGGUAAAGAUCCAUGACGACAGCGGUGUAAAUGGGCACGAUAUCCAUUUUCACAAAGCAACUCUUGAUAACGACGUAAAACACCAAUCAAUUUACAAAUCACUCAAACGAAAACCAGAUUACUCAAGACAUGUAUAUAGAGGGGAAGUCUGUGAAGGGGGAAACCAGCUGGUGUAGUUGUUUUAGUGAACUAGGCAAUCUCACUAAAAUCAGAUCUGGUAAUCACUACCAAUACUGACCUGUUGAUGACUAGAUAUGAGGUGAGAUCCACUAUCAGCCAAUCCGCUGCUCUCGUUUUGGCUGAAGAGGUCAUAGUGUCAAAAUCAGAAUCGUUGUUAAAGUUAACUUCACAAAACACGGAAUAAAUGGAGAAUUCUAGUGACCCAACAGCGGACGCUCUAUAACUAGUGAGGUGUGUGACAACACAACAUUUGAAGUAAUUCUAAAGCAGAGACGUUUAAUAUAUUGCAACUAACGUCACUGUAUUUUUUCUUACCUUAUUCUGCUUCGGCCAUGGUGCUAGGGGGCGUGUAAUUUACUACUAUUUAAGCAUUUACAUGAAUAGUUGGAGUAAAUUGACCAGAUGGCAAAUUUUAUUGGUUAUGUAUGACCAUUUGUCAACUAUCACUCUAUAGCUGUUUGGGUUUUACUGUCUAAGCUGUGCGAAUUUUAGUAUAUUUUCUAUAAGUGUAGUUAGCCACGAGUCAGUAAAGGGGUCGAGCGACUACCGAAUUUGAUCUGAAAUUGUAGGCUAGUGUAGGAGUAAAUGGGGUAGAUAUAACAGGAAACUCCACUCCACUUUUCUUUGUCUCUAACAAAAAGUCUUAUGUCAAAAGACACCAGUCUAAGGCCAGUGGUUUUAUCAGAGUUUUUAACCGUUUCUUUUACCUAUUAACAUGACCACCCUCGAAUAAAUAAAAAGUCUCUGAGUGAAUUUCAGUGAAAUAAAUGAAGUAGUAGAUGAGGGUGCAAGUAUGGUGCACUGGAGAAUUUGGGUAAAAAAGUUUAAGUGUUAACUCUUAACACCUAAUAUGUAAAAUCCUAUGGGAUUUGGAAAAACGAAAUAUUGCUGUUGACUCUGCGCUAUUAACCAAUCAAUUUUCACGUACAGCUACCUCUAGCAU